AUGUCGGAGUCAAGUCGAGCACACGAUGCUUCACCGAAGAAGUACACGCCGUUCGAAGUGAAGGAGCUCCUCAUAGAGUUUGCUAUGCGAAACUAUCAUGAGAGUGGAACGACCACUGAAUUGAAAGUCGAGGAUCUAACUCAUGCGAUAUUCUUUGACCCAGAGAGGCUCGAAAUGGUUGAUUUUGGAGCCCCUUCCUACACAGGUACCGAUCUGCAUACGGCACUUGAAAACCUGCGUUAUGAAGCCGCAAGGAGUAACUUCCUACUCACAAUCGGGAGUCUCGCAAGUAGCAACAAAGAGCUGCAACGCCACAUUCGCGAGUUAUUGAGUGAAGAGUUAGUGGGACAGAUAGGCUACUCUGCAAAGGAUGUAGAACACCUGACUGCGUAUCAACAAGUCUUGAUCACUGCCGGCGCUCGCGUCAAAGCUGCUAUGCUUGCCCCGGAACCGCGUAACUCUACGGUUUCACGAGACCAUGUUGACUUUGAGGUUCGCCUUACAACCCUGCGGGGUGGAUACGCUGGAACCACACAAACACAGCGUCUGUUUUUCAAGUUUCCCGCGAAGAAUCAUGACCUCUUAUCCUACACUAGCUUUCUCGCCCAGCUUCAAGAUGCAACUCAACUCUCCGUCAUUCCACCUCUCGAGCCUGGUGAACCCUACCGUACCUCCAGCACCACAACUGAUCCUCCGUCACGUAACGGUGACAAUGUAGAUGCUAAUAAUCCUGUCAAUGCCCUUGGGAUCAUGCUGCCGACUCGUCCAGCUUCGUUCACCACUUUCCCUUUUUCCCAGUCGAGACGCGAUGAACAAGGUUACACAAUUCGCGACGGGCCUUGGAUUUAUACAUCAAAGAAGAAUUCAAUCAUAUUGAAAGGAAAGCUAGGAGAAGAGAAAGGCAAAAAGCUCGAGGACAAAAUUUCUUACGAUAACAUGAUACAGAUACUUAGAGGAGAGAGGGUAUCUGUAACACAGAUGUCUGUGAACGCAUCUCCAUCAUCACUUUGCGCGCUGGUGGUGGAAAUUAUCCAUUCAAUGGACCGCGACGCCAUCAAGUGGCAUAAAGAGGAACAGCAAGCAAUAGAUGAGGAAGAGAAACAAUUUUGUGAGGACCUGACAGCACAAGGAUUGACGGAGGACGACUUUGGAGAGCCUUUUGGAGCAUAUCUGAAGAAAGAAAUCCAAAUGGAGAAAUUGAAUGCAUGGAAAUCGCGACGGGGCUCUAAGUACAGAGUUUAA